CAGGUGCAGAAUUCUUCCAUCCGGGCUUCUGUUUCAAAUGCUAAGAAGAGGAAGCAGAGUAAGGGCGUAGAAGCCGACUGUCAACAGUAGUUGUGCGGUGUGUGGUAUGGUGAUUAUAAAUUCUUACAAAUCUGAAUGAAUGAAUUCAAGGAUUUACCUGAUUUUGUGCCAGCGUUUCUUGUGAAUUUUGUUUAGACUUUUGUGGAUUUCAUAGCUGUUUGUGUUCUAAUUCCUUUAACAAUGGGGUGUGUUACCAGUCAAGAAGACAAGGCCGCUGUUGAACGAUCAAAACAGAUCGACAAAACCUUGAGGAUUGAUGGAGAAAAGGCAGCCAGGGAAGUCAAACUGUUGCUGUUAGGGGCUGGUGAGUCCGGGAAGAGUACCAUUGUCAAACAAAUGAA